UGACAGUUGUCUUGUAAAUAAUAUUUAUAUAGGUACCUAUAGAAACAUGACAAUCGCAAAUGGUUUUAGAACUUUUUCGAAACUUGUUGUGCCUGCCGUAUCUAAUCUUUAUUGUUUUGCCCGAGUACAAAUUAGUACAGUAAAAAUGGCUGACAACAAUCCCGAUUAUAAAGCGGCCUCAAGUAUUCAUGAAUUCACAGUUAAAAACAUAAAGGGUGAAGAUGUUAAGUUGGAUGUUUACAAAGGACAUGUUUGUCUCAUUGUAAAUGUCGCAUCUCAAUGUGGGCUCACAGCUAAUAACUACAAGCAAAUGAAUGAGUUAUAUGAGCAGUAUGCUGAGACCAAAGGGCUAAGGAUUUUAGCAUUCCCUUGCAAUCAGUUUGCCGGUCAAGAGCCCGGUAACCCAGAAGAAAUUGUAUGUUUUGCAUCCGAGAGGAAGGUCAAGUUUGAUUUGUUUGAAAAGAUUGAUGUCAACGGUGACUCAGCACAUCCACUAUGGAAAUUCUUGAAGGUGCACAAGCAAGGUGGCACAUUGGGGAGUUUCAUAAAAUGGAAUUUCACAAAAUUCAUUGUGGACAAAGACGGUGUUCCUGUUGAGAGACAUGGACCAAAUACUGAUCCAUUGAGUUUGGUGAAAUUUCUUGAUAAGUACUGGUAAAUCUUAAGACAAAAUGGCAGCUGUUGAAGAACAUCACCAAUUAAUAUACACUAUUGGUUUUAUUUAUGCAUUUUAGCACUUUAUUGUUUAAGAUUGUGAUGUUGCUUUUAUAAGUUUUAUUGAUUGUUUUACAAAUAAAUAAUAUAUACCUAUCUUGGA